CACAUGCGCAAUGCUGUUCUGCUUCUGAUGGAAUUAAUCCGAUCCCUCGAUCCUCCAGAGUUUACGCGUGGUCUGUUCCGUUGAGCGGGGUCCGGUGAUCUCGGUGAUCGGUGGCUGUCGCCGACGUGAUGCUUAUGCCGCUGCAAUGUCCCUCCUCGUGCAGCUCGGCAGCGUGCUAUUCGGCGUGCUCUCCCUGAUUCUGAUCCUGAUCGCGCGACCGGCCGAUGGUUUCUCUUACGAGGACCUGCCCGCGGUCGCGAUGGACUACAAGGUGCACAUUGACGCCGGCAAGGAGGACUGUUACUUCCAAUAUGUAAACCCGGGCGCGACGUUCUACGUCAGUUUCCAGGUUCUGCGUGGUGGGGAUGGGAAAGCUGGUUUUGCAGUAAGAAAUCCAGAAGGAGUUAUAGUUUAUCCUUAUCAAUGGCGUGCCAACGCUGAUUAUCAGGAUCAAUCGGUGAACGGUGGUUAUUACAGCGUGUGUAUUGAUAACCAGUUUUCGAGAUUUGCUGCAAAAUUAGUCAAUCUGUACAUCACGGUGAUCAGAUACGAUAAGUGGCAGAAAUAUACACAGGAAUUAGAAGAACUGAAUCUCUCCGUCGAGAACUUUACGAAUACAAUCGUGAAUGUGGAGAAAAAUAUUAACGAGAUGCUCCAAACUCAACAUUGGAGCAGGGGUAGAGAGGCCAGGGAUCUAAACCUGCUGUCGGACAAUAACUCGUACGUACAGACUUGGUCAAUCGCGCAGGUGCUUGUUAUUACGUUGACGACUAUGGUCCAAGUAUAUUUCGUUAGGAAGCUGUUCGACGUAAAACCAUCUGGACAUUCCAAGACACGUAUUUAACGAUGCAUUGCAGUCAAUUGUUUGCUCGAUAAGAGCAUCAUUUAAUAUGGGUUGUGAUAAGCCCAUUGCAUCAAAUGAUUAAGAUUUAUAGACAGUGGCACAAAUUAUAACGCGUAAAUAUCUCGAUUAAUGAAUUUUUAAUCAUGAUUUUGUAUGUUUUAUCAGUUUAAUGUAUACGUUUAUACGUUAUUUUUAUGCCAUUGUGCAAAUUCAUAUGCAAUGACUCUUCAGAGACUGUUUAAAUGUUGAAAACACGAUGAGAUACAAGAAAUUCAGGAAUUUAUAUAUGGAAAAAUUUCUUAUGAGUAAUAUAAAUGUAUUUGGAUGAAGAUUAAUCUCGAUCAAAUAAAUAGAAACAUGAACUUUCAGUUCGUGAAAACGUAACAAAGUAUUCACAUUGAUAAUAUUUUCUAUUUUCUAUCGAAGUUAGCAUAUUAUUUACGUCAAUAUAUAUGUUAAACACUAUUUUUAAUAAUUUUUAUA